CACACUGCCCACCCACCGACGCGGGGCAUUCGACACGACACCGCCGGCAUGGCUCGCGGCAGCAAGGGCGGCGGGUCCUCCAACCCGAUGCACGACCACCACAAGAAGGCCCGGCAGAAGGAACUCCAAAAGGCCAGGGAGCGACGAAUCCGCGAGCGCGACGAGAAGGCCGUCGAGACCAAGACCCUCCGGGAGGUCCGGGAGGACAUCCAGAAGGCGGAGCGGGACCUGAAGCGGUCCCAGCAGGGCCGGCAAAAGUCGGCGGCGGAGCACAGGCUGGCGCGGCUGCGGAAGGAGCUGCGGCUCCUCCAGGAGGCCACGGCCGAGGCAAAGGCCAGGGCCGACGCCGAGCGGGAGGCCGAGAAGAUCGCAAACCGGUUUGCCCCGAGCAAGCGGCCCCCGACGGAGCUGGACGAUCCCCGGAAAUCGGUCUACUACGACAGCGUCCUCAACCCGUACGGGGCCCCGCCCCCGGGCAAGCCCCGCUUGUACCACCGGAGGUUCGGGGGGGUGACCCCCAGCGUGCACGAGGCGGUGGUUCCGGGCGAAGAACCAAGCCUUCCUCCCCCGCCUCCGCCGCCGCCGCCGCCUUUUCGCCACGGGAAUCAGCCACCACCACCCCAACGCCACCACCCCCGUCAGGGGGGACACAACCGACCACCGCAACACCACCAAUACGAACGACGACCACAGCAACAGCAACAGCAAAAGCAACAACAACAGCAAAGAGGACCGCCACAUCCCAAUCAGCGACCGCCGCAACAACAGAACGAGCAAGGAUCCUCGGCGCGCCAGGCUUCCCAGAAACGACAACCACUGCACGAGCCACCGGCCAGGGAAGCACCCGACAACAAGGAAACGAACAAAGAACCUCCUUCGCCCGCGAAACCCCCGGCAGCGAGCGAGGGGACCAAUAAGUCGUCAUCGUCGCCGCAACCGAGCAAGGAACCCCCCAGCGAAGCACCCCCCACGAAACCAGCACCACCGGUCGUUCCUUCCAUCCCGGCCCCGUCCGAGGCCGUGCAACGGACCCUCCGCGUGGCGAAACGAAAGGGCAGGGCGGGGGGUCCCCUCGCGGACAUCUGGGCCUCGAACGAAGAAGUGGAAUACGAGCGGAAAACGAAUCUCCUCGACCUAGAGGCCGACGACGUUGGGACSAAGAUGAAAAAGAAGAAAAAGGACAAGAAGAAGAAGAAAAAGAAACCCCCGCUGGAGUUCUAUUACCGGGACAAUGCGGGGGCCGUGCAGGGGCCCUACUCGAAGGAACAAAUGAGGGGCUGGAUCGAUGCCGGAUACUUCCCUCCCACCACCAAGUCCCGGACGAACCGGAUGGACCCCGACGGCUGGGUUCCGAUGGGAGACCUUCCGGCGCUCAGGGAAACGGAGAAGAACCARCCACCCUCCGGUGGCGGGGCUGGUGCCGGUGCCGCCGCCGACGACGACGACGACAGCGUGCAAAACCGAAUUGCUGCCCUGAAGGGUGGUGCCAGCGGCGAUGGAAACGRCGACGGGGAUGCCGACAUGGACGAAUCGAUGCAGGCCCGGAUUGCCGCCAUGAGAGCCGAUUUGAUGGCCGCACCGGCCGCCAACCCUUGCGAAACCCCCGGCGGAGGUCCCGGAAACGAACAAGUCCGGGACCGCAUUGCUUCACCGCGAGCAGGGACGAACCAUUGCGGCGGCGGGGAGGCCGGCGUGGACCCAUGCACCAACGACAGCGCAGCGGAAAGGAUUGCCGCGCUCCGAAACCACGGACCGAGCGUCCRGGACCGCAUYKCCGCUCUGGGGAAGGAUGCCCCCCCGCCUCCUCCCCCCCCGGCAUGCCCGGCAGACGGAAGCGGGGGGGCAAGCGGGGUCGGGCCUUCUCCGUAUCCGGUGGACGACGGCGGUGGCGCCGGGGCAGCCGCCUAUCCUUUCGACGGGAGCUACGGUGCCGAAGGUKGUGCUGCCUAUCCGAUCGACGAGGACGGCCAUGCCGGGCCGGCCCCGUAUCCCGUUGCCGAUUCCGACGACGUCGGCGCCGCCGGUUAUCCGGUKKGCGGGGACGACGACGRCGACCACUGGGACGGAGCGGCUGCCUACCCCGUGGGUGCUUACGGCGGCGGGGAAGACGACGAAGAUGCGGUGGCGCCCUACCCUACCGACGAGCCCUAUCCCGGGGGCGAGGACCUGGCCUACCCCGUCACCGAUUCGUAUCCGGUCGACGACUCCGACGCAGCCUUCCAUCCGUCCCCGAGCGAUGCACCGGGGGCUCUGGCCAAACCCGCGAGAAAAGUCGUCACGGUAGACAAGGCACUCGUCUCGUUUGUUCCCACGAACCUGCAGAACAAGAAACGAAAGACGGAACAAGAUUCGGACGGGGGCAUCGCCGGGGAAGACCGGGAACAAAACAAAAAGACCAAGCCGGACUCAAAAUYCCUGGUAGCGAAACAAAGCAAGGAGGACGAAUACGACAAAUUCAUGGGAGAAAUCGACGACUUGUAAAUCGUCGCUAAACUAGGAUUCACCGUUUGCCAUGUCCAAACUUUCGGAACCAAGUAGUCCUUUAUUUUUCACGGUAUCCUUUUGUUGCGUGGCUCAAAAGGCAAGGUGUCGUGAUUAUUUUAUCAUGUAGUGACGGCGACAAGUUUUUCACUCUCUACAGAACUACAGUGGUUCUGCACAUGGCUCGAAUGAAAGCAUCUAGUCUAAAAGGGUGAUUGGUGAAAAAGUCGGAAGUCAUCAACUUCACUUGGUUUUUCAGUCCAGGAUCCAAACAAACCCUUCAUGGCAUUUUUCCACGUUUUCUUGGAUCUCUGGUAUGGGAGUGCGAGCGCUUUAUUCUCCGAGUAUGGUUUCUCUGAGGCAGCAGUGUGAAGUUUCGAAAAACAUUCAAACAAUUUUUUCUUGCAGAUACGAGAUUCUUUUCCACUUGCUAGGCGGCCUGUGACGCCAUCAACCGCUUCUAUGCUGGACGAAUCCUGUUCUGCCCAAUUGUAACAGAAUUUUCCCUUUUUCAUUAUCUGUAUCGACCUUGGCACCUUUCGGGGGGCAUUCCGUAUCCGAGGAUGCUUCACCUCAUAGGGUUUCUGCAAUGUUGCAUUUGUUAUUUUCAAGGCGUAGGCCGAACGGCAACAAAUAGCUCUGCAAAUGUGACCGUGAGAAAAUACAUCGCCAACAACAACACCGGUGACAUAAAUAGGGUUUACUAGGCGCGACAAUAGGGCGCCUUGCACACCCAGAACACACCACUUUGCUAUUUUAUCAGAACACGAGUUGUGCAUCACACGGUCACCCAACCUSAAGCCAUCUAAACUCUGUUUGGCUUCUCUUGGCGCAAAAACUGAGCCCUGGCCGKCCUCCACUUUGAUUCGAAACGACCCCGCGUGUUGCCYUUGCCAACACAGAUUUACAUUCGGUGCUYCACGAGAGUAAACAGCAGAAUCACCGCAUGGUGUCUGAGAUAUAUAGARCCACAAGUAMAACGGCYGCAAGCUGUAGGGUUUGUCRCUCCCUUUCUUGUUCUUUACAGCAAUCGACCCAGCGUUUCCUGCUUUCUUGAGUUGACAAUACAGCCAGCGGUGAAGGCUUCUCCGAGCUACCACUUCGGCAUGAGAAUCAUGAACUACCUUUCCAUCGCAGCUAAGUAUCGCRCCAGAGGCGCAUUUGGUACCAGAUCCAAUAGCUACAACCCUUACAGCAUUGCAUGUCUCUGCGGGAAAUUCUUGCUCAUGGACAAUAAAACCUGCAACAAUAUCGUUAUCCUUGGCAUCGGGGUUCAAUCUUCUGUAUUUUUUCCACACCGCAUCCCCACACUUCUUGGCCCAGGCCGACUCCCUGCCUGAACUUUUUGGAUUAUGAUGUUUUGACAAGGAUUCCCUGAUUUUUUUUCUUGCAACAGUGAUAGAACUUGAUGAAGCUACGGGACAGCUUGCAUUAGGGUGCACUUGAAUGCCUAGAUUCACUUUCGCACGCUUWUGYUGUUGCUUGCCUUGAUUAUCACAAAGGCAUGCUAUGUCGGAUUGAACAUUUCGUGCCAGUUUUUGGUCUCCUACUGUGUCGGAUCGAACUUUUGGUGCCUGUUUUUUGUCUCCUUCGAAGAAAGUCUGUUGGCUUUCCAUGGAGUCGCUCCCUCGAGUCGAAGAUGUCGAGUGUGUGAGUUCCGUCGAGGAACUUUGGAUUGAUUGAAUCUUCCACAAAGGUGGACUGUGUCUUGAGCAACAGAUGAUGUUGCUACUCCGUUCCAWUCCGUACAACAUUUUAUUUGUGGCGGCAACCGAUUUUCCGAGGGCAGCAGCCAACGAAGAAGCACUCAUACCAUGUUCUUUACCUUGUUGCACUAAUAUACCGACUAAAUYAU